AUGGUUCUUCAUCGUCUUUGCCGAGAACUGCUGAACGAGAAGGAUUCUCAGUGCAAAGAAAAGUUGUCCUUCCACCAGGUUCUGCUGGAACAAAAGGAUGCACAAUGCAAGGAAUCGCAUUCAAUCACCAAACAACUUCUGGAGGAGAAAGAAGUCAUGUGCACCCAAUCUCGGGACUUGAGCCAACGCCUGUUGGAGGACCAAGGACAUCACCUGGAAGAGGUACGACUCUCAACCAGAGACUGCUUGAGGAACGAUCGAGACUUGUAUUUGAAAGACUGGCAGAAUGCCAUGGAACAGCAGCAACAGCUCAUGUCCAUGAUCGCGGUCGUGGCAGGAGUUUUAGUUUUUGCACUGGUGGCGCUUGUCUUUUAUUCGUUCAACACCCAGGGGAAGGAGAAGCGUCAGUUGAACCUCCAGUAUGAGCGAGCCAUUCAAGAGAAGACGGACCGCAUUGUUCAACUGGAGAAGCUCCGAGAGGAACAAAGCAAGAGUGACAGUCUUGAAGGCUCUGCAGCGCUACCUGUGACGCAGCUUCCCCAGCCACAGAUGCAAUUUCCCCAGCCACAGAUGCCACCGUUUGUCUUCACACUUCCCUCCUCACCCAUGCCAACGAUGGCCUUGACUACCCCUAUGAAGGUCGGCUGA